GUACCGUUGACAGGUAAAGCAAGAAGGGCGGUAGUAGGGGGGUGGAGAAAAAGAUUAUUAUUUUUUCUAUUUCCUCCCCCCUUCUUCUUCCGAUAGAAAGAAAAGACGUCCUUCCGAAGAAGACUGCGAAGGGAAACUCAAAACUGGGUUGGGAUACUGGCCGUAUAAAACCGAGUGGCCAUUGUCCGUUAUGCGUCAUUUGGUGCUAUACUGGGUAACCAGGAAGGUUAGUUUACCACUUUGCUCCACUGGACAAUAGGUAUCAAAUCGAGUAUGAGAAAAAUCAUCUUACUUGCUUUGGCCUGCUGCGCUGCAUGCGUGGCAGCUGUUCCAAGAAAGUCCGAUGAGAAAGACAACUUCAAAGAUUUGACACCAGAAGCGUCUCGACAGAAGAUCUACGAAAUUAUCCAGAGCCACGAGGGAAGAAAGUUCGGGGAUCACGGUGGUCAUGAAUACAACGAAGACGAAGUUCCACGUAAACUCAGAGCUCACAAAUCCCGUAGAUAUGGUUACUAUCUUCUACCUCCGAGUGAUGUGAAGACUUCAGGACAUUACGACGAAGAACCCAAAUAUAUUCCCCUUCCUGAACAUAGUAAAGUGUACAGAGAAGACAUAAAUGCAUACGCGAGAGACAAAUAUCCACCAGUUCAAUUGAAAAACUCUCCCCAUCAGGUCAUAGCGAGCCCUUUGAGCAAUGCCCAUUACGCAGUGGUAGACCCUAAAACCCAACAGCAAUACAUUAUCGUAGAAGAGCCAAAAUCUCAGUACCCAAGUCCUCUCGUUUUAGAUCCCAAGCAACAGCAUUUGUAUCAACAACCUAUACCACAUUACGCCAUAGUCCCCGAAGAACACGAAGUUGUAAUUAAGCAAGAAGUUCCCCUUCCACAGCAACAUCAUGUACCCGUGAAGAAUUAUGGACACUAUGAUGAUAAGCAUCACCUGGUAGACAAAGCCCAUCAUGCUUCAGGCCAUGGGCACCACUCGGAUAAUUCAAUACACAAGGAGAGUGGCCAUAAAUCCCAUGGACAUCAUGAUGUUUCAGGACAUAAGGCUCAUUCUUCAGCCGCUGGUCAUCAUGACGAACACGAUCAUUAUCAUAACAAAGGCCUUUACGAACGAGAUCGUGGUUACCACUACGAGAAAGCUUAUGCCUAUGACAGAAUCCGAGCCCACCAUGACAUCGGUUCCGAUCGCGGACACCACUCCGCCUACAAGGCUCAGCACGGCCAAGAAAGCCACAAGGAUGCCGGCCACCACGGUGCGGAGACCUACAUGUAUUUCAAGAAGAAUGACCACCACGGCGAUCACGGCUACCACGACAAUAAUUCUUUGUACAAAAGCGGUCAUCACGGCGGUCAAGGAUACCACGAUUAUGGGCCAAAGUAUCUUCAAUCUUAUCCAGUCGGUUACGGGAAGUUGUGAAAGCAUCCGAAGAACAAUGGAUCUUGCCAAAUCGCUUAAUACGCAGGUCACUUCAUUUUGACCAGCUCACUAUCCAGAGAGUUUAGUAAGCCUUUUCAGGGAUGACUUAGCGGCGCACAAGGAAUUUGUGGGAAAGGUUCCAUCACUUGUAAAUAACUUGUUUGAAUAAAAUGUAUUUCCACUUUUACUCAUGAUUCCUCUGACCAUAAUCACAAUUACUUUCUAUUGAAUAAAGUCCAAUAAAGUUUUGCUAGUCCAAAA